AAAGAGCGAUGAAUGAGAAUGGAUUCUACUCCAGACUGAAACACACACACAAAGUAUGAAAAUAUCAGAAAAAAUAUGAAAAUAAUGAAACCAUCUUGCACCAAAACUGCUAAAAGAGAUUGAUUCCCCUAAGGACCUGAAGGCUACAGAUGUGACGCUGGACUCUGCUUCUUUGACUUGGAUUCCUCCUCUGGCUGACAUCGAGGGUUACAUCCUGACAUACAGAGAUGAAGAGGGCAACAUGGAGACCGUUGAAAUGCAGCUUGGAUCCAGAGAGAGCAGCUUUGUUGCAUCAAGCCUGGAGAUGGGGAAGAGGUACAUUGUGACCAUUAUUGCCUACAGGGGCAACAAGAGGAGCAAGGUGGUAGAAACCAUCUUUACAACAGUGGGUGUCCUGUACCCAUUCCCCGUGGACUGUGUUCAGAUCAUGAAGAAUGGCAACAAGAACAGUGGUGUCUAUACCAUCUAUAUUGCCAAUGAUCGCUCCAAACCAGCCGAGGUGUUCUGCGACAUGGACACAGAUGGAGGCGGCUGGCUGGUGAUUCAGCGUCGUAACAUUGGCAAGCUGGACUUCAUGAAACGCUGGAGGCAGUACAUAGCCGGUUUUGGCAACCUUACAGAAGAGUUCUGGCUUGGUCUGGAUACGAUAUACGAGCUUACCAACACUCCUACUCAGUAUGAGCUGAGGUUUGACUUGGGCCUGGGCUCAGAGAGGGCCUAUGCUGUAUAUGACAACUUUAAGAUUGCACCAGUUAAGCAGAAGUUCAAACUCACUAUUGGCAAAUACAGUGGGACAGCAGGUGAUGCUAUGACCUACCACCAAGGCAGGCCCUGGACUACUGUUGAUUCAGAUAAUGACAUCGCCCUGGGUAACUGUGCCUUGACUCACCGUGGCGCCUGGUGGUACAAAAACUGUCACCUGGCCAACCUCAACGGCAAAUGGGGUGACGACAGGCACAGCAUGGGAGUGAACUGGGAGCCGUGGAAGGGCCACCUAACGUCCAUCGACUUCACCGAGAUGAAGAUCCGACCCCUGGGAGCCUUGUCCAGCAGGAAGAGGCGAUCGCUGAUGGCCAGAGAGAAGAGCAGAAAAACAAACCUGCAGAAGAAAUAAAAGAGCACCGAAAACCACGGCUCCAUGAACCUGCCAUCACACUAGAUUUUGGUGAUUCUGGACAGUUGUACAUACAUGCGGCUCUGACCACAUUAGAAUUCUUGCUGGUCUACUUGCCUCUUUGUGCCUUAAUUCCAGGACAAUACAUACACUUUUUAGGAAGAGAGAAAAGCUCAUAUUCAGUAAUAACUUAUUAUCUGUUUGCAUUUCAAUCAGAAAUCCCUAUAUUUAGUGUGAUUGUAGGAAAGUGGGACAUAAUAACUGCCUCUGAGUUGGUGUGAAGUGACGUGAAGCUGAACAUCAAUGAGUUUAGUCUAUCAGUUAUAAUGUAAGUGUAAUUCUAGAAACUCCUGUUUCACUGAUUCUGGUAGAAGCCUUGAUUAUAAAUCAGGAAACAGUAGAUGGAAAACCAAGAACUUUUUCUCCAGUUACUGCAUUCAUUUAAACCUUUCUUUAACUUGAGGGCAGCAGCCCAGGUUACAUGUAUUAUAUUAGAUUUUUUUCAUGUCCUAGGAAGGAGUGUAUAGUAGUCUUGUAAAAGUAUAAAUGUAAAACAAAAAAACGUCAAACAUGGUUUGUAUGUUUUGUUAACGGAUGAGGUGUAGACUGCCAGUUAGUGCCCUGAGUUUAUUGAUUAUGAAGCUGGCUGGCUCCAUCACAUUAAACUGCCAGUGUGGCUCUAACACUGUCACAUCACAUCAGUUCGUACGGGACAAGCCAGAGAAUAAAAGCAGAUGGCUGCCUGGCGUAUCCAUACCGCUCCUGCUUUACAUUCAUAUGACAGGGACAGCUCAUCUCAAUCACUGUGAUGUGCCCAUAUCAAAUGUCAGUAAGAGUGAAGCUUGUUUGCCCCAUCCUCAGGAGCUUAAUGACCAAACUCUUGUUUUCAAUCUGGAAAGCUGACAGAAGUUAUUAAUGCUGCCUUGACUUUGACUUUACUUAAUUACUUUUUUUUUUUACACUUUUAUUACAAACUUGGUUUAUGUGUCAAGGACGGAGCACAUCAAUCAACCUCUCUGCUAAUCUGCCAGGAUUGAUUUGUAGCCUCCUGCCACUCAUGGAUUUUACAUUCUCCUCCCAAAAAAACCCCCUUCUCUUUAAGAUUUCAUGACCCAUAAAGGUUUUAGUCUGGCUAUAAUCCUCAACUUAGAUUUUCAAGGUCAGAAAUGAGGACCACUGUAUUUAAUAUUUUCUGUAUUGUCAAACCGACUUUAUAGCUGCCUGUUCAUAUUCCUGUCUCCAUUCACAGAAUAAAAACAGUACAAGUUUU